GACACUGACACCCAUACGAAAUGGCUUCGACAAGCGAUCAGCGCGGGGAAGCUUUCCCUCCAGGGACGGUAACACUUACGGGGUACCAGGAGUCCAUCGCCAGUGCAAGGAUUGUACUCUCUCCUCAACCCUCCAGCGACCCGAAUGAACCUCUUAAUUGGCCUACAUGGCGCAAAGUGACCAAUAUGACACUCAUAUUCGGCAUGACCUUAGCUGUUUUUACGAGCUUGAUGGUACAGACCGUCUUCUGGCAGCAAAUGAAAGUCGACAUGGGUGUCAGCACCGUCAAUCUUAAUAACGCGCAGUCCGCCAACCUUGCGGGAGUCGCCCUUGGCUGUCUCUUCUUCAUCCCUUUGACAGUCAAGUACGGGCGUCGACCAUCUUAUUUACUCUCGAUCGCAGUGUUGGCCGGAUCUAUGUGGUGGGCAUCGAAGAUGAAGACCAACGCUGAGCUCAUCGUCAUUGCAGUCAUCAGCGGCUUAUCCGGUGCCAUCAACGAGACCGCAGUGCAGAUGACUAUCGCUGACCUGUUCUUCGUCCAUCAAAGAGGUGCCGCAAACGCCGUCUACUUUGGCGCUGUCAUGAUGGGAAGCUUCCUUACGCCCUUGGCUGCAGGUUCGCAAGCCGCUACCCAGGGUUGGAGAUGGUCAUACACUACCUUAUCAAUCUGCCUCACAAUUCUCUUCGUCCUGUUCCUAUUCGCUUACGAGGAGACAAAGUAUAUCCCCGUUUAUGUCGGCGCUCCAAACACCAAUGCCACCACCCGUUCACUUGAUGAUGGCGAUCUCAAGAAUACCUGCGGCGGCGGCAGCGAGGAGAUUAAAUCGCCUGACGCAAUCGCUAAACUGGAUUCAGUUCCGUCCCUAUAUGUCACGACCUAUACACCGCACACCUACCGCCAACGAAUGCGACUAUGGACGCCCACAGAUGAAUCACUAGGGAGGCUGUUUGUGUUACCAUUGCAGGUUAUCAUGUUGCCGCACGUUCUUUAUACAUCGUUACAAUUUGCUGCUGUCAUUGCUUGGCUGGUGCUGGUCGUGGCCAUGAUAUCCGUCAUCUUCUCUAUGCCCCCCUAUAGCUUCACGACCGCCGGUGUUGGGUACAUGACGCUGGGCCCCUUUGUCGGCAAUGUCUUCGGCACACUCUACGGCGGUCCGCUGUCCGACUGGGUCGUUGUGAGACUCGCACGCAGAAACAGGGAUAUUUUCGAACCAGAGAUGCGCCUGCAUCUGCUAUGUGUGCCCGUUGUCACUAUGGCCGGUGGGCUGAUUAUGUUCGGCGUUACAGCGGAUCGGGGAAUGCAUUGGAUUUUCCCCAGCAUCGGCGGCGCAUUCUAUGCUUUCGGAAUGGGUUCAAUUGGAGAAAUAGCUUUCACCGUGCUAUUGGAUAGCUAUCGAGACCUUGUUGCCGAAUCUUUCAUUGUGGUGGCUUUCUUCAGGAACGCUAUCAGCAUGGCCGUGCCUUUCGCCAUGGUUCCAUGGUGGCUCAGCAUGGGCCUCAGCAACAUGUUCAUCACUAUCGGGUGCUUGUCUUUGUUCAUAGGAUUAUUCUACGUCCCUUUGCUUAUCUGGGGAAAAGAAAUCCGCAUCAAGCUAGCGCCCAGGUACGAGAAGUUGGUCGCGAAGAAGAGGCUUAUUGGAUAGCAGCCAAGAGCCUUCGACCGACGGAAAACUCGGAGGCUGAAGAUUAACCGAGAAUGGAC